AUGACUUUAACCAAUGAGCAGACCUUACAGGCGAUAGCCCCAUUCUCAACAGUUGAGCCGUCAAACGCCACUCACACAGUUCCUCGACGGACGAAGCGAUCCACGGCCUGUUCAGCAUGUAAGGGACGGAAAUCAAAAUGCACAGGCAAUCAGCCCUGUGAUAAAUGCAUUGAGACCGGCUCCAACUGCCUGUUCAUCGAAGCACUCGAUCGGCGUCGAAAGUAUGCCCAGAAGCGCGCGGAGCAGAGCCUUGACGCAGCACAACAACUUUUGAAACGGAUUGUGGAUGCUUUCAGUGAGGGAGACAUCACACAACUGACGGAAUUAUUGACCACCGUCAAAGCACAUGGCACCGAUGAGCAGCUGGAGGACGUUAUUACGGGGGGUUUGGGAAGGAAGAGCAAUGUCCAAACCGAAAGCGUUUCCCGAUAUCAUUCCCGGCGAUCGCACUCUGUUGGCUCGUCCUCAUCCUCCGCGUCCGUUGGAUCUCUCAAUGAGGUUGACACGUUGACAGAAGACCCCAACCGCAACGAAGAGACGAGGGCAACGGGCUAUAUUGGGAAGGGAUCUGAGAUUGCAUGGAUGCAAAGACUGGACAUUGAAACCAGCAAUCUGAACAGAGGUUGGCACCAGCAAGUAUCGCCAUUGGAGGACACUCUCACUCGGAUGAGCUACCAUCUAGACAAUCUCCAAAUAGCCGAGCCACUCCCUAUUGCUGGUGACGCAAGAGCUUUGCCUCCCAAAUCAUGGGCGGCUCAACUUUUGAACAUCUACUUCGAAUCUGUCGGACCUACCUUUCCUUUGAUUGAUCAGCAGUUGUUUAUUUCCCAGUUCAAUUCGGCCUUCACCGAUGCCACACCGCAGCCCACACAGAAGUGGCUCGCGGUUUUGAAUUUAGUCCUUGCCAUCGCUGCAAAGCAUUAUCAACUGGCUGAGCCAGACUCUGGGAGGGACGUAGACGACCACGUCUUCUUAUCCCGAGCAAUAGCACUUACUACCACGCGGUGGCUUACGAUACAGCACGCAGACUUACAUCAGGUUCAGAUUGACCUACUCCUUGCAAUUUACUAUCUGGCCUCCAGCCAAAUCAAUCGGUCAUGGCAGAUAACCGGUCGCGCUGCUCGCUCAGCUAUCGCACUAGGGCUAAAUCUCCGCGAAGCGAGUGGGCAGAUAGACCACGUCUCUAAAGAGACCCGAACUCGCAUGUGGUGGUCAGUAUUCCACCUAGAAAAUCUCCUCUCUGGCAUGACCGGUCGAUCCAUGUGCGUGGACUACCGUGCCAUCUCUGUGUACCCCCCAGUGCCCUACGACGAGAGCGAGUUCCAGAUGCCAGAAGUAGUUGAACUACUUGAGAAUACUACACUACGCGAAGAACGCCUCCAAUGGACAAUCUACGCCAGCGACUCGACCCUCCACUCCAGGAAUCAGUGGUUCAGCACCCUCAGCCCGAGCCAAUCGCUAUACUUCUUUCACCUUAUAGAUCUCUCCAUCAUCACUCAUGCCGCCGUCGCAUCGAUAUAUAGCCUCACAACCAGGGAGGCCAGCGGCCAAAGCGGCAUUUCGUACUACCAGGAGAGAUUACAAACCUGGCUAUCAAAUCUCCAGCCUCCUUUUGCAUUCACGAAUCCAGACAAUCAAUUGGAGAUAUCAAGACAGUCUCGCGAACAAGUCAGUCUCGCAUUAUCCUACUACAGUUCGCUGAUCAUCCUCAGCCGACCCUGCCUCACAUGCCCAGAUUUCCUAGAGGGGUGUGACAUCAGAGUCCCCCGGUCCCGAUUCGGCAACACCACAGCAAAGACCUGUGUAGACACAGCUCUGAGGCUGAUCUCCGUCUUUCCUGACACUCCAGACAUGGAGUGGCUGCUGAAAAUGACGCCCUGGUGUUCCGUACUGCAUUUCAUGAUGCAGGCCCUAACAAUUAUCCUCAUCCAACUCUCCGUCGGUCUAGUAGAAGGCAAUGCCAUGCAGGGCGCGCAGUCCGGCCAAGGAGGGGAUUGUACAGCGGAAAAGGCCGAGGUGGCUCUUAGGGCAUCUAAAAAGGUUCUUCGCUGGUUACACUGUAUGGCGAAGCAAGAUGCCAGUGCUAGACGCGCGUUUAAAAUCUGCAAUAUUUUCAUCCGCCGCAUCGCAUCGGCGAAAAAAUUCAAUCUGCACGGGAUUCCGUCAAUUGCUACGCUACCUGAACAUACUCCCGGGUUUUGGUUAAGUCAAUCUGAUCGUUGGGAGAGCAAAGAGGGUAGUGCCAGUGGCAGUGUACCCCCAGGCUCACAGAAGAAUAAGGUGAAUUGGGGACCGGAUCUUACAAUUAAUGAGGCGAGUUUGGAUGAGAACCAGCAAGACCUUCAUUUGCUGGAUCCGGUUUUGUUUUCGUGGAUGGAUAUGAAUGAGGAUGAAGAUUGCUCAGUUCGAUGA